UUCUGGAGAAAAAGCAACCAAACAGAGGAGAGAGAGAGAGAGAGAGAGAGAGAGAGAGAGAGAGUAUUGGGUUAGCUGAGGGAGGAGGAGGAAGAGGAGAGAGCGUCGAAGGCAGCGAGACUCUUGUUGUUGCGUCCGCUCCGGAGAAGAUGAACGGCGGCCCAUCUGGUUUCAACAAUGCGCCGGUCACGAGAGCAUUCGUUGUUGCCUCUGCCAUCUUCACCGUCUUCCUCGGGAUCCAGGGCCGUUCUGCGAGACUCGGUUUAUCCUAUCAGGAUAUCUUCCAGAAGUUUCACCUGUGGAGGUUACUGGCUUCAGUAUUAGCAUUUUCAUCAACACCAGAGUUGAUCUUCGGACUGUAUCUGCUCUAUUACUUCAGGGUCUUUGAGAGACAGAUAGGUUCCAACAAAUACUCGGUCUUCAUCUUGUUCUCCAUGCUAUCCUCAAUUUUCAUGGAAAUCAUUGCCUUAGCAUUGCUCAAAGAUCCCUCUGCAAAACUCACGUCUGGGCCUUAUGGUCUCAUCUUUGCCUCAUUUAUACCCUUUUACUUCGACAUUCCAGUAUCAACACGGUUUCGAGUAUUUGGUGUUCGAUUUACGGAUAAAUCGUUCAUCUAUCUAGCUGGUUUACAGCUUCUGCUGUCUUCCUGGAGAAGGUCCAUCAUACCAGGGAUUUGCGGUAUCUUAGCCGGUGCUUUGUACCGUCUGAAUGUCUUUUAUAUCCGCAAGGCUAAGAUUCCAGAAUUCAUCGCAUCAUUCUUUGCCCGGCUUUCAUGGCCAUCAACGGGUCCGCCUUCUGCACCAUCUAGAAAUGUCUUGGGAAGUAUGCCAACUUAUGGUGGUCGCCCAGUAGAGAGACACUAUCCUUCAUCAGCUGCUUCCACCAUCGAGCCACCAGAGGGAUCCAUUGCAACGCUUGUGUCAAUGGGCUUUGACAGGAACUCAGCAAGGCAAGCUCUCGUGCAGGCUCGGAACGACGUCAAUGUCGCGACAAACAUUCUUCUUGAGGCCCAAUCCCACUAGUCUUGUCGGAGAAAUCGCCUCUCACGGUGGAAAUAGCAAUUCUGUUGGACUCAGUGACAGCACUUUAUCCGUUAACCAUUUAGCAGCAGGCAAUUACGUUCGUUUUAAGUGAAUUGAUCGAUCGAUCACCUAACAGGAGCCUGUCGACAAGGUCCUAGCGCGAAUGUUCUUGAGCAUUUUCAUUUUGCCUUUGCUUUUUAUGGUAGUUUCCUCCCCAUACUUUGUGGCAUUUAUGGUCCCCUUAGUAGGAGGGGGUGAGACGGAUGUGUACAGUAUCGUUUAGUCUGAAGAAUUGGAAGAUUUUGCCUUGCGAACAUUAUUGACUGGUAAGAUACUAGAAAUCAUUUUCAGUCGAACCUC